ACGAAAAUCAUUCCGUCAAAUUGCAAGCGAAAAGUUGAAUGUUUUUGUAUCAAAUUGGUGCAUGAUUUGCAUUUAUUAUCCCUGUUUUCUUAUAAUAUAACAAACAAAUAAACGAAAUGUUUCAGUUUGGCUUCAACAUGUUCCACGAAAUUACAAGGCCUUUCAACAUGACCUAUAGAUGUUUCUCUGUAUCAAUGCUGCCUGGAAAUGAGAGACAGGAUGUAGAAAGAGGAGGCAAAAUUAUAAUGCCUCCGUCUGCUCUGGAGCAGCUCACUCGUCUCAAUAUAGAAUACCCAAUGAUCUUUAAGCUCACAAAUAAGAAAACAAAAAGAAUCACUCACUGUGGUGUGCUAGAGUUUGUUGCGGAUGAAGGAAAAGUGUAUCUACCUCACUGGAUGAUGGCCAACCUAGUGUUAGAAGAAGGAGCACUUUUGCAAAUCGAGAGUGUCUCACUGCCCGUGGCAACAUUCUCAAAGUUCCAACCACUCUCUGAAGACUUCCUUGACAUUACCAACCCUAAAGCAGUCCUGGAGAACUGCCUGCGCAACUUCUCAUGCCUGACGACCGGUGACGUCAUCGCAAUCAAGUACAACUCCAAGGCGUACGAGCUGUGCGUGCUGCAGACCAAGCCAGGGAACGCGGUCAUCAUCAUCGAGUGUGACAUGAAUGUGGAGUUCGCGCCCCCAGUCGGCUACAAGGAAGAUGAGCACGUGUCCAGGAGGGAGCAGCGCGAGGAAGGCAUGGACCAGGACCCUUCAGAGCUGAUGCCGGAGCCGAGUGGGUUCGUGGCCUUCCGAGGCGAGGGCAACCGCCUCGAUGGGAAGAAGAAGAAGCUUACCAGUGAGAGUGACGGGGAGCCUCAGCCCACGGCUUCUAGACAGCCGUAUGAGCGUGGGAUCCCCGACUACAACUGGAGUAUUGGUACGCUGCGCUUCAUCAGGACCUCGCGGCCGACCAGCGCCAAGGAGGAAGCACCUGCAGAGCCCUUCCAGGCCUUCAAGGGCGAAGGCUUCACGCUACGCACCGCGAAAUCCAAAAACUAAUGAAAAUUAUAGUCGUAGAUUUUAUACUCCAAUGUGUGAACAGAAAAAUAUGUCUGAAAACAGGAAAGGUCUUAAAAAUCCUUUAUUGAUAUGGGGGAAAGCGCAUGUCCUACAGUGAAACACGGCAACUUUGCGCACCCGAGGUAACUUUGCCCGAAUAUGGGUUUGCUUCUUGUUGAGAAUGCAUACACAAUAUCGAGAGCAAAGAAACAUUCCGAGCUGAUUUUUUAUUGAAAAACUGACAAAGACAUUUAAGCAACAAUGGAACGUAACAUAGUUUAGACGUGAAUCGUAUGGUGCGACACAGAUGCGAACAUACGAUAAUGUCAAUGUGUAGUGUCUGUGUAAAACGAGGUUGUUUGUAUGAAGUGUCCGGGGUAUGCACAGAUAGCAAAGUUACCACGGAUGGCGUGUUUCACCGUACACGGAGCAAUAAGAAAUGACGUUUACUAUUACACUAUUAAAUUACAAGGGUUCCAUUUAUCCUUUUGAGGUUCGGAACCCUAAAAAGAUAAUUAUUUUUCUGAUCAGACAUUAAAAUAAUUUAAAAUGUAUGUAGGAGUUAUUUAAUACCGUAACAUUGGGUAUGACUGAAGAUCAUUAAAUUUCAUAAAAGUCAUGUAUGCAUUGAGCCAACUUUGAAUGUGGCUUGUAAAAUGGCAACACUAAUUCUUGCAUUUGAAAAUCGACUCCGUUAUCCUAUAGAUGUCAGUAAUAUGUGAUGGAAAGAUAUUUUAUGUCUAUGCUGUGGAAAUUUAUAACAAAAAAAGGUGAGACUUUAUUGGAGUCAAGGAUUAUUGUGGCAACACUUAAAAAAUAAACUGCACUAAAAAUGUCGUAUUUAACACUUUAUUGCCAUCAUUUAGUUGUCUUAUUUUUAGAUAGUCUCACCUACAAUUAAAUUUUAUUAAUAUUUCUAUCCAGAUUGUUUUCCAGAUAAGUUAAUAUACAAACUGGUUUUGUAGACUAUAAAUUGGUAAAGUAGAUUUUAUGGAAGACAUUGGACUUCCGAUUUACCCUACGUCUAAGGCGAUUCUCAUAUUGCCAGUUUUUAAGUAAAAAUCUUUUUAAAGUUCGUUUGUGACUGUUUUUGCGU